CAGGAAAAUCAAUGAAAUUACCCAGUAUGCACUUGCGUUUUGGAAACUACGGGCGCGGAAAAGGAAAAGUAUAACUUAGUUUUCUUGAGUGCAGGGCGUUUGAGCAGCCGUUAAACGUUUGAAGAAAACGAAUGUAUUUAAUAAUGUAGUAACAAAUGUUUGUACUGUUUCUCCCGAUAUGUUUUAGCUUGAAUAAAAGCGCGUGUUUGGCCUUCACGUCGGCAUCUCUUUGGGCUAACUAGCGUAUUAGCUGUGAUGCUAAUAGUGGCUAACGCGACACCAGCAAGUUGAUGUUAAAUUUAGACAACUGUUUAAAAUAAAAAAAAAAUGUCUGGCUUCAAUUUCGGAUCGGGGACUCUCAGUUCUACUAACACAGGUGGAGGAUUUAUGUUUGGAGCCGCAGCCAGUGCACCUGCAGCCAGCACUGGUGGCUUCUCCUUUCCUACUGCUCUGGGUACAGCAGCUGCAGUCCCUGCCUCCACUGCCAGCACCACCACGUCUCUUGGUCUCGGAGGGAGUCUCUUGGGUCAGAAGCCCUCUGGAGGUUUCACUUUCAAUACACCCUCCUCCAGUGCGGCACCAGUGACUGGCCUUACAUUGGGCGCUGCAGUCAGCACCGCUCCCUCAACUGGCUUCAGCCUGGCUUUCAACAAGCCCACUGCUUCAGCAACGCCCUUCUCUCUCACCACCACCACUUCCUCAUCUGCUCCCACAGGGGCCGCUUUAACAUUUGGCUCUGUCCUAACCUCCACCGCUCCACAGCAGUCUGCAUCCACUGGUUUCACUCUUGGUCUCGGUGCCCCAACAGUUGGUACUGCGGCAUCCACAGUCCCCUCGCUAGGUGGAGGUCUCUUCACCAGCACAACGUCAACAGGUUUGGGCCAAACCACUCUGGGAGGUGGUGGAUUAACGUUGGGUUCUUUGUUGGCUACCUCCACAGCAGCGUCGACUGCUCCGGCUCACAGUAUUGGUCUGGGUGGAGUGGACUUCAGUACGUCAUCCGAUAAUAAGAGCGACGCUUCAUGUGGAGCCACCACACAGGACAGUAAAGCUUUGAAAGAUGAGAACCUGCCCCCAAUCAUUUGUCAGGAUGUGGAGAUUUUCCAAAAAUUUGUGAAAGAGCAGAAGCAGGUUCAAGAGGACAUCAGCCAGAUGUCCUCGAAGGCCAUUUCAAAAGUCCAGGAUGACAUCAAAAGCCUUAAACAACUUCUCUCUGUCAGUGCCAGUGGCUUACAGCGACAGGCACUGGCCAUCGACAAGCUGAAGAUGGAGACGGCGCAGGAGUUGAAGAAUGCCGACAUUGCACUGCGUACCCAAAAGACUCCCCCUGGUCUUCAGCACGAGAACACAGCUCCCUCAGAUUAUUUCCGUAGCCUGAUAGAGCAGUUUGAGGUGCAGCUGCAACAGUACCGGCAGCAGAUAGAAGAGCUGGAAAACCACCUGACCACGCAGAGCAGUGGUUUCCACAUCACCCCGCAGGAUCUCACCCUGGCGAUGCAAAAGUUGUACCAGACUUUUGUUGCACAGGCCGCCCAACUCCAGUCUGUUCAUGAGAAUGUGAAGAUUUUAAAGCAUCAGUAUCUUUCGUACCGCCGGGCCUUCCUGGAAGACUCCACUGACGUCUUUGAAUCCAAGCGUGUGUCGAGGAGGAAGUGGCAGAAUGCACCGCGAGUCACAACCGGACCUGCCCCGUUCUCCAGCGUUCCCAACGCUGCAGCGGUUGCCAUGGCAGCCACACUUACCCAGCAACAGCAGCCAACUCCAGGGACCCAGGCAUCCUUGGGGGCAGGGUUUGGAAACCCUUUUGCCUCAGCAGUGGGCACUAGCUUGGGCUCGUCUACCCUUGGAGGUUUUGGUGGCGGUCCAGGUUUUGGUGGGGGAGGGUCUUCUUUCGCCUUCUCUUCUGCCAGUAAGCCCACAGGAGGCAGCCUGAGUGCAGGUUUUGGCAGCAGUAGCAUGUCAGGGUUUAACUUCAGUAACCCCGGCAUCAACCCGUCGGCCGGCCUGACCUUUGGUGUGUCCAAUCAACCUGCCACCGCCUUUGGCACGGGGACCCCCCUAAUCCAGCUGAAGAAGCCCCCCGCUGGCAACAAGAGGGGCAAGAGAUAGAAGCAGUAAGAGAGAGAGAGAGAGAGAUAAACCAUGUGACUGACCAGCAUGUCACUUUGUAGCGGUUGUGGCCUGAUCGCCAUAACAACUGUUAUUAAACUCCACAACAACAGAAAUGUACAAACGUCAGCUUUUUUUAAUGAUUGUGAACAUGUUUAAAUAAGGGUCACCCGUUUGAAAUUUGUCAAAGCGUAUGCCUGUUAAAUAAUAAAAACUCACUGGUUACAAGCAGCAUUUUUAUUUUAAAUCAAACAUUAUUCUGUGAUCUGUUAAUUUUCCCUUUUACUCCAAAUUGUCAAUAAUUCAGCCAGUGUAGCCCCUUUGGAUUUGAUAUAACUGGCGCGUACGUUCUUAUUAAAGCUGGGAAACUGUUAAAUUACAUUUCUGCUUUGAAGUCCAGCUGUUUUUAAACCGAAAAAAAGUGUGUUUUUAGCAUUUGUAGGCGCAUAUUUUUUACACCAGACUGCACUACCAAAGUGAAAUGAGCUGCAGAUUUUAUUUUAUUUUUUGACAUUGUGCUGCGAUCGGCUCAUGUCAUCAGUUUAAGCACGACUGACGUGACUCACAGGUGUUACUCAUUGGCACCACCUAAUGGCAGAGAUGCUGAACUACAGGAUAUACGUUCAUAGUUGUGGUCCUUUUUGUAGGGAAUUUGGGACCAACAAGCAGGAGCGCAGCUUCAUAUCAUCUUU